AACUGACAUCGUAAAAUGUUCGGCAGUCGCCUCACUCUCUGCACUUCUGCGGUGUGUGUCGGCCGUUUGUUUUGUUUUUAGGUUAGGAUUUCAGUAUCGUGCGCAGUGCCAGCCGCCACUUUUCAAAAGUCCCGCACAUCUAAAUCAUCUCCGCUGCUCAUCUCCGUUAUAAAUUUGCUGUGUAGCAGUCCUUAAAUAAUUAUAACUACAGGUAUACAUUUUUCGAUACAAUUUAAUAUAGAGACAAUGCAGAGAUCGUGUAAAACAUUCCCGACGGAAUAUCAGUAUGAAUUUACAAAGAAAAAAUCAAGGAAGUCCGAGCCCUUUCGACCUGCAGAAUCUUGGGAAUUAGUUGGGACGCCGGAAAACUCGAAAGAUUGCGAAGAAAAGGCGGAAAAACUUCUCAAAAAAUUUGCUCUAGAACGCUAUCAAACCGCCUACCAGCUGCACUACAACAAAAGUCCAGAUGAGAAAGAGGAGGAAGAGGAAAUCGACUUGGGAAACGAGCUGAUAACGUAUCUGAAAAAAUUGUACUACGAUCCGCAUACCGACAAGACUCUCAAACAAUCUUACACUACUGCAAGAGUGUUCGGUUACGUGAGUCCAGGAACCCUGCACGCUCAAUUGUCCACUUACCAGGACACUUACGGGCGCACCGGCGGAAAAGUCAUUUUGAAAAACGUCCAGAAAAUGAUUGCCGCCAAGCGUAGGCGAAUCAUCCAAUCUAAACUGCAGGCCAACGUGCAGUCUUCUCAUUAAUUUCUUCGUUUGCGCUAUACGGAUAUUUUUAAUUGGCCGAUAAUUGAUUAUUUCGCCGCAAGUAUAAGCAAGACCAUUCUUCAGCGAAUACAGAGAAUCGAAUCCCAUAAAGGACGCUUACAAGGAGUACUUGAACCUUCAGAAAAAGAAUGAACG